AUGAGUUUAGAUUUUGUCAAGGAAUAUUCUUUUAAGGCAGGAAUUAUGAAUUUAGAUCCCACAACCAAAAAGGUUACUGCUGAUAAAAGAAAAGGAACUGUAAAAAUUGGAUGCACUUUAGAAGGCGAGAAACCUUUUACCUGGACACCUGAAGGAGCUACUGAACCCGAAUUUGAAUAUGCAGUAAUGUAAAGUGAUGCUUCUCUAGAAUUGUCUAAGUAAAUGAAAAGAGUUGUAGUUUUGAGAUUUUAAUGUGAUGAAUCAAGAUACUUCUUUUGGCUUUAAGAAAAAGAUGCUUCCAAAGAUGCUGAAAUUGUUAGUAGAGUAUAAGACAUUAUUGAUUUUGAUAUUGAAUAAUUAAUGAUAGAUGAAUCAUCUUCUGUUUCAGAACCUUAAUAAUCACUUUCUCAGUAAUCUUCAUCUUAAUCCUAACCUUAACCUGCCCAAUAAGGUUAACCAAAUUUAAUGAAUGCUAAUCUUUUUGGUGCUCAAUUUUAAGAUAUGUUUUAAAACAUGUUAAAUCAAAGAGGAGGAAAUAAUAAUCCAAUGAUGUAAUAACUUUUGUAAUAAUACUAGCAAAGAUAAAGAGAUACUCCCAAUUUCUUUGAAGUAUUAACUAAAGAAAGUUUAAUGGAAUUAGCAAACGACGAAGAAGUCUAAAAAGAGCUUAUUUAGCAUUUACCUGAAGGAUAAUAGGAUGUUUAAAAUUUAAAAGAAAAUUUGAUUAGUCCACAAUUCUAAUAAGCACUAGAAUCAUUAGAAAAAGCUCUUAAUUCCAAUGAGGGAGGAGCUGUAUUAGCUUCAUUAGGAUUAGACUAAUCUAAUUUUAUGGAAACUCUUGAUGGAUCUGACUCAUUCUAUAAAGCAAUAAUCAAAUGGGCUGAAUCAUAGAAGAAAUAAUGA